AUGGCUGAACGCAAAGUCCUCAACAAAUAUUUCCCGCCGGACUUCGACCCGUCCCUCAUCCCCCGCCGCAAGGGCGUGAAGAACAAGCAGCAGGUCGUUCGUCUCAUGGCGCCCUUCUCUAUGCGCUGCAACACUUGUGGGGAGUAUAUUUACAAGGGCAAAAAGUUCAACGCUCGCAAGGAGACGGUCGAGGGUGAGGACUACUAUGGCAUCAAGAUCUUCCGGUUCUACAUUAAAUGUACAUUAUGUUCGGCUGAGAUCACGUUCAAGACCGAUCCGAAGAACACCGACUACGCCGCCGAGCACGGUGCCUCCCGCAACUUCGAGCCGUGGCGAGAGGAGGGCGAGAAGGAGGAGAUCGACCGGCUGGCUAAGCUGGAGGAGGAGGAGAACAACCCGAUGAAGGCGCUCGAGAACCGGACGGUUGACUCCAAGCGCGAGAUGGACAUCCUCGAUGCUCUGCAGGACAUCCGCGCGCGUAACGCCCGGAACGAGCGG